AUGUCGAACCAGAGCAACGGUGAGACCAAGCCCCCAUGCUUACCCCGAAAUGGACUGGUGAAGAUCCCCACCCAGGCCAAUGGACUCGGCUCCGCCAGCAUCACCAAGGGGACUCCAGCGAUGAAAAACCGCCUGUGCCAGCCGUCUUCUGUGCCUCCGAUCAUCAGUCCAGCCUUAGCAAAUCACAGCGACCUGUCCAUGCCCAGCCUCACGUCGCCCUUGACUUUGGCUGCGCUCACGGGGGUGCCGUCUCCUUCUGGGGCCGCCGUGGUAGGACUGAACUCCAGUGAGACCUCCCCAGCCGACGGGGAAGUCCCCUCCCUGGAGGGUCUCUCCAGUUCCUCCACUGAAAGGCAACUGGCCAUAGACGAGAAGAUCCUCAACCGCCUGUUCAUGUACUUUUCCGCCUGCGAGAAGUGUGUCCUCGCUCAGGUGUGUAAGGCGUGGCGGAAGGUCUUGUACCAGCCCAAGUUCUGGCUGGGCCUGAUUCCCGUGCUGCACACCAAAGAGCUCUACAACGUCCUGCCCAGUGGGGACAAGGAGUUUGUCAGCCUCCAGGGUUUCGCCAUCAGGGGCUUUGAUGGCUUCUGCCUGGUUGGGGUCUCCGACCUGGACAUUUGUGAAUUCAUUGAUAACUAUCCCCUGUCCAAGAAAGGGGUGAAGUCCAUGAGCCUUAAGAGAUCAACCAUCACAGAUGCAGGCCUUGAGGUCAUGCUGGAGCAGAUGCAGGGUGUCAUGCGGCUGGAACUGUCUGGCUGCAAUGACUUCACCGAGGCCGGGCUCUGGUCAAGCCUCAACGCCCGCAUCACCUCCUUGAGUGUCAGCGACUGCAUCAACGUGGCGGACGACGCCAUCGCUGCCAUCUCCCAGCUGCUGCCCAACCUGACCGAGCUGAACCUUCAGGCCUACCAUGUGACGGACACGGCCCUGGCCUACUUCACGGCCAAGCAGGGCUACACGACCCACACCCUGCGCCUCAACUCCUGCUGGGAGAUCACAAACCACGGGGUGGUCAACAUGGUGCACAGCCUCCCCAACCUGAGCGUGCUCAGCCUCUCGGGCUGCUCCAAGGUGACCGAUGACGGCGUGGAGCUGGUGGCCGAGAACCUCCGCAAGCUCCGCAGCCUGGACCUGUCGUGGUGCCCCCGGAUCACGGACAUGGCCCUCGAGUACAUCGCCUGUGACCUGCACAAGCUGGAGGAGCUGGUCCUGGACAGGUGUGUGCGGAUUACAGAUACUGGACUCAGUUACUUAUCCACCAUGUCGUCCCUUAGGAAUCUGUACCUUCGCUGGUGCUGCCAGGUUCAAGAUUUUGGCCUGAAGCAUCUGCUGGGAAUGCGAAGUUUACGCCUCUUGUCUCUUGCUGGCUGCCCUCUGCUGACCACCACGGGGCUUUCAGGCCUUGUCCAGCUGCAGGACCUGGAAGAGCUGGAGCUGACGAAUUGCCCGGGGGCCACUCCAGAGCUGUUCAAGUAUUUCUCCCAGCACCUGCCCCGUUGCAUGGUGAUCGAAUAA